UUUAGGUUGACACACCUCCAGUCCCCCACAUGUGUAUUCAAGCAAAUCGCUAUUGACACUGCUUAACCUUCUUUAAAAACUAAUAGUAGAUAUAAUUUUGAAACUUGCGGUUUAAUUCAGUUUUAUUUUAAAUCUAACCGCAAACGUAAAAAUGGGACACACAGUAAUGUGCGUUUGUACAGUGUAUUUUACUGCCAUUGUUGGAUGUGCAUUUUCUUCCCCAAGACUGACAUCAGGAGAAAAUCAACAAGAUGAUACUACAGAGCAAAAUUCUCACAAGGAAGUCGAACAUGUAGUAAAAACAACUGGGUAUGUCCAAGAGAUUGAUUCAGAAAAGAAAAUCGGUAGAAAAGUCCAGGAAAAUAACAUAAAUGACACUGGAGGUGGACUUCCUCCCGAAAAUUUUACUGUUCCUGAAAAUUUUCCUUCGAUCACAGAAUCAGAAACAAAACACAUAAACGAUACGGAAAGUGCAACGAUGAAACCGUUUGUGAAACCAAAGCAAAUUCAGGAUUUGGUCAAAAGCAGACAUUUAGAAGAGAUAAAGGAACAACUUCUGGCAAAGCUUCGAUUGUCGUUUCCACCUAUACUACGCGAACCUAUGCCACAACUCCCUAUGGAUGAAAUACAAAAGGUUUACUUUGCCACCAGUAAUGAUGAAAGUUACAGAAGAACAUCACAUUAUUAUGCUAAAACUGUUCGUAAAUUUAUCGUCGGAACAGACGUAACACAAAGGUGCUUCAAGAAGAGGUCUACCGGAUGUUAUUACUUUGACCUUCGGGGACGGGUUGAUCCAUCAGAAGUACAGUCAGUUCAGCUGUGGAUAUAUAAACUGUUCAACCAUAACGAUCCUUACAUGACGACAUACGUUGUUUCCGAAUUAGAAGAAGUCAAAAGACGGAAAAGUAAUUUACGAAUAAAAAAUCUUGCUGAAAGGUUUGAAACAACCCAAAAGUAUGGAUGGCUGAAAAUUGAUGUCACAAAGACUGCAAUGAAAUGGUUGUUAAAACCAAGGUUGAAUCAUGGGAUGGCAGUAAUAUGUAAAGAUUGUCAGCGGAAAAACUAUAGAACUAUUUACAGUACAAAAACGGAUUCCCUUCCAUUUUUAGUGGUGACAACACGUAAAUCACACGCCCGAGGAAAAAGAAGCUUUAACAAUGAAUGUACAGAUACAUCAACAGAAUGUUGUCUAAUGCCAUUUACAAUCAAUUUUAGAGAUAUAGGCUGGGAUUCCAUUGCACACCCUCAGUCCAUACAGGCUAAUUAUUGUACAGGAAGCUGUCAUGCCCGUUAUGCCAUGACAACAAACCAUACUAGUUUAAUACAAGAAUACCGUUGGACAAAAGCAACAGAGAAGCAAAUGGAUGCGCUGACGCCAUGUUGUGCACCAAUUUCAUAUAGGCCACAGUCAAUAUUGUAUUUUGAUGGCGACAAAGUUCAAGAAACACGAAUACCAAAUAUAGCCGUUACAGCAUGUGGCUGUGUGUAGCUUUAGUGUUAUUAAACGUUGAAGCGGGUAAUCAGAUACUCGAAAUGACUGUUUGAUAACCCUAGUUUUGUUUUCUCUCUAUACAUUUAAUAUGGGUUUCAUUUAAAAAUAAAAACAUUUUAGAAUCUUCUCAGUACAUAUCGCUUAACAAUAGAGAAAAGUUAUCAUUUGGGGUUAUUUUAUUAAUAGAAGAUAUCAGUUAAGGGUGUAUAGUAAAGGGUAUUUCACGUACAAAAGUACUUCGCAUUUAAAAGUAAUUUGCGUCAUAAAUCUCUGUAAAUAAUUCAACAUAAAAGAACCAUUAACGAUUUUGCAUUCAAAAUAAUAACCGAGUCGAUCCAGUCGUAACCGAUUAAUAACUUAGCCUUCACUUUAUUUACACUAGUUCAUAAAGGUCAUUGUUAUAUUUGCUAUGUAUACACUUUUCUUUAAGCCUACAUGACUAAGCAAAUUAACCUUACACAUUUAAAACAAAAUGUUUAGUUGUGUUUCAAGUACUCAAACUUUGAACACUUCGAAUAUUGUCGUUUUAGUCUUGAAAAUUAAAGUACACCAUUGCUACUUAAAUAAAUAUCAAUAAACAGUAUCAAUGCAAAUGAUCUUUAUAAAUACAAAUGUAAAGAUGAACUUUAUCAAUGCAAAUGAUCUAAAUAUUAAUACAACUGAUCUAAAUAUCAAUACAAAUGAUCUAAAUAUCAAUGCAAAUGAUCUAAAUAUCAAUGCAAAUGAUCUAAAUACCAAUGCAAAUGAUAGUUAGAUAUCAAUGUAAAUGAUCUUAAUAUGAAAGCAAAUGAUCUAAAAAUCAAUGUAAAUGAACAUUCUCAUUGCUGAUAAAUUUAUCAAUUAAUGCAAAUGUAUAAACUCAUUAAAUGUAUAUUGUCAUUGCAAAUGUUUAUAUUAUCAACAGGAUCAAUGCAAAUGUUGUAUUUUAUCCAUGCGGAUGAAUUUUGUGAAUGUAAAUUAAGCUUUUCAAUGUAAAUGCACUUUAUCAAUGCAAAUAAACAUUAUCAAUGCAAAUAAACAUUAUCAAUGCAAAAUGUACGAAAUGUACGUAUUUUAUACCUCAUAGUUCUCAUAAUAUGAGUGAGUAUUAAACUGUUUAUACUUUU